CAAGAGAUCGGAGAGGUACGCCUCCUCCUCUUCGACUCCCAUCAUCGCCAUCAUUUUGACCUACGUCAUCAUCAGUCAGUCUGACUGAGCAAGGAGGCUAGCUAAAGCUAAAGCUUUGAAUCCUAUUUAUUAGUCGCUUUUGUCAAUGUAAACAUGUAGCCGUUUCACGGGUGUAACCGUAUUGCUAUUAAGCGGCGUUUCCUAAUUGUUAACCAGUUUGUCAAUAGUACGAAUAAUGAUGGCUGUGGCGCCGAAAAUAGCAGGGCUGUGUAACGGUAGUGUUAGUAUGACAACUAGCUAACACUGAAUAGCUAGCUAACUAUCGGGCCGUGUUUGUAUGAGGCUGGCCUUGCUAAUUAGACAGUUAACGUUAGCUAGCUUCCAGUUUACAGCCAUGAAGGGCUAACUCGAGGUUAGCCAAGCAAAGGAGGAUGGCAAGUAAUGCAAAUUAGCAAGGACACAUCAAGAACUGGAGAAAAAAAUGAAUACAUCUAGAAGUGCUGGUGCCUCGUCACCUGUAAAUGGAAAACAAGUGAACGACUGGGAUACCAGACGGAAGAGGAAAAUUGCGGACAUCAAACAGGCCCUUAGUGCGAGUCCAGUGGAUGUGGCUGCUUUGAGGAGGAUGGCUAUCAGUGAAGGAGGUCUGCUGACAGAUGAGAUACGCUGUCAUGUCUGGCCUCGACUUCUCAACGUCCCUCCUCACGUCUUGGAACAAGAGCCAGAAACAGUAGAGCGGGAGAAUAACAAAGACUACAACCAGGUGCUGCUGGACGUCCAGCGCUCCCUGCGGAGGUUUCCACCUGGUAUGCCAGAUGAGCAGAGGGAGGGUCUCCAGGAAGAACUAAUUGACAUCAUCCUGCUAGUUCUGAAACGCAAUCCCCAGCUGCACUACUACCAAGGAUACCAUGACAUUGUUGUCACCUUCUUAUUGGUCCUAGGAGAGCGCCUUGCAACUGCUCUUGUGGAAAAGCUCUCCACGCACCACCUCAGGGACUUCAUGGAUCCAACCAUGGACAACACGAAACACAUUCUGAACUAUUUGAUGCCCAUCAUUGACAGGGUCAACCCUGAGGUGCAUGACUUCAUGCAACAGGCUGAGGUGGGGACAGUCUUCGCCCUCAGUUGGCUGAUCACCUGGUUUGGCCACGUCCUGUCAGACUUCCGCCAUGUUGUCCGGUUGUACGACUUCUUCCUGGCCUGCCAUCCGUUGAUGCCCAUCUACUUUGCUGCUGUGAUCGUACUGUACAGAGAAGAGGAGGUGUUGGAGUGUGAAUGCGACAUGGCCAUGGUUCAUCACCUGCUCUCUCAGAUUCCCCAGGAUCUGCCAUAUGAGACACUCAUCAGCAGAGCAGGAGACCUCUUUGUCCAGUUCCCUCCCUCUGAACUGGCCAGAGAGGCUGCCUCACAUGACAGCAUGGCAGCCUCUACCUUCAAGGACUUUGACCUUGCGUCCACUCAACAGCGACCAGACUCUGUUCUCCGUCGCCGACGCAGACAGAAGCAGGCUGCACUCGAGAGCUCAGCAGCCAACGCAGCAGUGACGGUAGCCCGACCUUCAGCGGCACGGCGGCUUGUUCGCCUGGCUGUCAUGGGUCUCACAGUGGCUUUGGGUGCAGCAGCUCUCGCUGUGGUCAACACUGCCUUGGAGUGGGCCCCCAAACUGGACUUGUUUCCUUGAACUGCUCCUCUUUUACCCUUAUGCUCCACCUGUAUCUGUCCUUGACUGGUUCUAACUGGUUGGUCUGUUUCCAAGAAAACUCUAAUUUAUGGAACCACAAACCAUGCAGUCAUGGAGUUUACCCUCUAAACUGAAGUUAACGCUCCUCUUUUGUCUUCUGGGAUGUGUCUUAACAUCCUACGUAGGGCUUCUCAGGCUCCAGCUGAAGGUCCUUUUAUGACUCCUGGAGAGCCUGCACCAGUAUAACAACUACUGCUGGUGUGUGAAAUGAAGAAUCCACCCUGUUAUAAUGAAGAGACUGUUUUUCUAAGAACUAUUACCGAUGGGGUCAUUGUUAAAGUUUAUUUAUAUUUGGUAUUAGGAUAAUCUGAUAUUGAGUUAUGCUUACAGAGAUGUAUGCUGAAAGCUUGGUGGACUCACUACACUUGAAACUGCUGCCAAUUAAGAGAGCUGGAGUGAAUGAAUGUGUGUGUGUGUGUGUGUGUGUGUGUGUGUGUGUGUGUGUGUGU